GUGCUCGUUACAAGAGCUUUCCCCCUCUGGAAAAUGAGAUUCAGGGGGUGAAAGUGGAGAGUCAAGGGUGCAAUGCGAAGGCGGCGUGCUGCAAACAAUAAAAUCUGCUAUGAUGCGUAUUUAAGCUUAAUUGGUAGAGUACUCACUCAUGGGAAAGAAAAUUAACCGGAUACAGGUCGUUGUCUGAAUUUCAAUAACCCAAAAUCUGGAUACCCCCAGCAAAUUCAGCGGAGCUGGUAAAGUUAGCUGGCUAGCUAGCAAACCAGUUGGUAAGAGAAAACCCGGGACAAGAGGGGAGGGGGCUAGCGAGCCAGCGUCGUAAACUGCUUGGGACUAUGCUGCUUUCUGGAUCAAACUUAAUAUUUGGGAUGGAUUGAAAGUUUGGCGAAACUAAUCUAACACCCACAUUGGGUAUAACAUUUUAAGCAAGGAAACGCGUGUUUAUAUGCAAUGUUUGUGUCGCUGGCGGGGCCGAUUCGGCUUUGCUGUGGGACAGUGUCGCGAUGUUGGCUCCACUCAGUUCCGAGGACGCGAUGGGGCUUAUUUUUCCUUUUACUCGAAGCAGCUGUCUCCUUUGCCAAACUCAGUUUACCCGGUAUGGAAAACAACAAUCGCCCUAGUGUCAGCGUCUACAUGAACGAAGCAGAAGUGAAGAAGCUUUUAGGUCUGGAGGCAGAGCUGUACUACGUGAGAGAUGAUGUCAUCAGCCACCAGGCCCUAUCCUUCAUCAUGCCUGUGCCCAGCGAGACCAAUAGCUUGCACUUCACCUGGCACUCAAAAAACAAGGUGGACUACAAGCUGGGGUUCCUUGUGGAUAAUACUGCUGCCAUGAGUCUACCAGAAAGCAACAUCUCCACACAGGGAGAGGUGCCCCAGAGCCUCUCAGUUUUUCGAGUGGACCUCCUCUGUUCGGGCAAAGUGAGCACGGAGGUUCUUCUGACAGUGCAACUCAACCUGACCAUCAUGUCCAACAACUUCACAGUCCUCAACUUCAAGAGGAGGAAAAUGUGCUACAAACGGGUCGAGCAGCCGGAUCCCAAGGUCCCGCCGUUGGUUAACACGAACGUUAGCAGAGCCGGAGCUGACGUGAACCCUGCUCCCACCUCUUCCACCCGAGUCUUCUAUAUCAGCGUGGGGGUCUGCUGCGCCGUCAUCUUCCUGGUGGCCAUUGUGCUGGCCGUGCUGCACCUGCACAGCAUGAAGAGACUGGAGCUGGAUGACAGCGUGAGUGACAGCGGAAGCUCCCAGGGCCUCUCCAUGCCUUCCACCCAGACCACGCAGUACCUGAGAGCGGACACGCCCAACAACGCCACGCCUGUCACCAACAAUCACCCUGGCACCACACCCAUCCAUCAGCUUGCCACCGCCUCCUUCCCCAACCCCGGCGCCCCUUCCCACGAAACCAAAAGUUGCCCGUCUCUGCGCAUUGAGAAGAACGACCUCAGGAGUGUGUCUCUGUUGGAAGCCAAAGCGAAGGUCAAAGACAUUGCCAUCUCCAGAGACAGAGUCACUCUGUGCGACGUUCUGCAGGAAGGGACGUUUGGGCGGAUCUUUCACGGCAUUCUUCUGGACGAGAAGGACCCCAGCAAGGAAAAGCCCGUCUUUGUGAAGACAGUGAAAGACCAUGCCUCAGAGGUGCAGGUGACAAUGAUGCUGACAGAAAGCUGUAAGCUUCGAGGCCUACACCACAGGAACCUCCUGCCCAUCAGCCACGUGUGCAUAGAGGACGGGGAGAAGCCCAUGGUGCUGCUGCCCCACAUGACCUGGGGGAACCUCAAGCUCUUCCUGCGGCAGUGCAAGCUGGCCGAGGCCAACAACCCUCAGGCCGUCUCCCAGCAGGACCUGGUCCACAUGGCCAUCCAGAUAUCGUGUGGAAUGAGCUACCUGGCUCGCAGAGAGGUCAUCCACAAGGACCUGGCGGCCAGGAACUGCGUCAUCGACGACAGCAUGCAGGUGAAGAUCACGGACAACGCGCUGGCCCGGGACCUCUUCCCCAUGGACUACCACUGCCUGGGGGACAACGAGAACCGGCCCGUGCGCUGGAUGGCCCUGGAGAGCCUGCUCAACAACGACUUCUCCAGCGCCAGCGACGUGUGGGCGUUCGGCGUGACGCUGUGGGAGCUGAUGACCCUGGGGCAGACCCCCUACGUUGACAUCGACCCCUUCGAGAUGUCCGCCUAUCUGAAGGACGGCUACAGAAUAGCGCAGCCAAUCAACUGCCCAGACGAACUAUUUGCGGUAAUGGCCUGCUGUUGGGCCCUCGAUCCGGAGGAGAGGCCUAAAUUCCAGCAGCUUGUCCAGUGCCUCACCGAGUUCCAUGCAGCGCUUGGGGCCUAUGUCUGAAAUCCAGACCCUGGUCGCCUCCCAACUGAUGGAGUCUGUGACUGGCACUGCCUCAGAAGAACAUAUCUACGUUCAAACAGUACCGUGUUACAGAAAGAAAGAGACUUUUUGGAGACCUCUUUUUAGAGACCUAUUUUUAUUUGCUUUUGUAAAAUUUUGUGAUUUUUGUAUUUUUUAUUUUUUGUAGGUAAGAGAACGCAUUACGUUUUAAAUGCCAAUUGAACUUUGGUAUGUUGUCAGUUUGGACAAGCUUUUAAGAAAAAUAGCUGGCAUGAAAUUUAAGAGAAGAUUAUAUUUCCUCCCUGAAGUGAAGUUAAAUUUUUGGUAUUGCUCUUGGAGUGAAACGCAUCUUCUCACUUCCGGGAAAUAUGUUGUGACAAUCUGAGAUUGCAGCAUGUUUCUUUUAUUCACAUAUUUUUUAGUACACCAGCAUUCAAAAGUGUAAAGCUACGAUGCCAUUUUCUGGCCAAUGUGUGCCAUCUGAUUUUAUUUUUCAACAUAUUGGUUUCGAAGUGUUCAAUUUUGCGAAUUUUGGGGAGGAUGGAGGUGGAGCAAUAUUCUGACCUUAUUUGUUUUAGCUUUGAUGUUUACUGUAUGACAAAAACACCUUCCACAGAGUGAAUACUGUGUCAGUAGCGUUGUGCCAAACCAAAUGGAAGACCUUGCCUGUGGAUCAUCACUUGUAAUGGGUGACAUCACACGUUUGGUCUUUUGAAAUACCAGUUGACAGGUUGGACUAUAGCAGCCCCAAUAGUGUCUGCAGCCUACACUGUUAUAAAGCUAUAGAUAACUGUUAUAAAAAGUAUAGAUGUUAUGGGUUGUGCCAUCAAAAGGUGCUUAAUAUGAACCAAUCGGAAGACUUUACUAAUUUAAUGAACUGUUGAAAAUGUGUUUUCGCCUGUUACAUGGUUGAGGAAACCCAUGAAUUUCCAUCACUCUCAUAGGUCAUAGGUUGCUCAUAAUUGAAUAUUAUGUACCACGUAUCUACCCUUUACAAAUGGACUCUUCAUGUCUUUGUGACAUCUGAACAGUUUUUGAAAUGCACUUGACCCUCUCCUGUGUGCAGUUUGAUCACAGACAGCGCCCAGAACUGUAUAUUUCUAUUUUUUUUUUUUACAGGAAAAACAAAAGUGUGCAAUGUGUAUCUCAGUAAACAUAUUUCUCAUGGAA